AUGAAGGGGCCCACAGCAUCAGCGCAGACCAUGAGAGAGGAGUUAGAGGGGAACUCGAUAGGCGAAGGGGGCGGGGUCGGGAGUAACUGUCCAAUCAGACGCGCCGCUGGAGGGGGCGGGAACUCGCGACGCAGCGCGCUCGGACUUCGGUGUUUAUUCGGAAGAAGCUGCUGUUUCGGGUCUGACCUCGGUUCUGUCCGCCGCAUCCUCUGUCUUGCUGUGACCUGUGACCCUGGGCGCCGCGAGGAGGACACGGGACACCGGCAGACGGACAUGGACUCAGUGACCUUUGAGGAUGUGGUCGUGAACUUCACCUUGGAGGAGUGGGAUCUGCUGGAUCUAUCCCAGAAGAAUCUCUACAGAGAUGUUGUGGGGGAAAUCUUUAUGAACUUGGCCUCUAUAGGGGAAAAAUGGGACCAGAACAUCAAAGAUUGGUACAGAAAUCAGGGGAGAAAUUUAAGCAACCAUAUUGCAGAGGGACUCUGUGAAAUUGAAGAAGGUCAUCAGUGUGAACAAACCUUCACCCAGGUUCUUGAUCAUGAUCUGAACAAGAGAGGUCCUGCUGGAGUAAACCCGUGUGCAUGUAGCGUGUGUGGAAUGGUCUUCAUGCCUGAGCCUUCCUUCAGUAGUCCUCUCAGCUCUCACACGGGACAUCAGGAAUAUGAAGGGAAGUCACAUAAAUGCACACGGUGCAAGAAAACCUUAAGUUAUUACUAUUCUUUCCAAAUGAUUGACAGGCGUCACCCUGGAGAGAAACCCACUGAAUCUCAGGAGCAUAAGGAGGCCUUCCUUUCUCUCCCCAGCCUUGGAGGAUUUGUGGUGGCGCACACUGGUGGCGGGCCUCAUAAGUGUAAUGUGUGUGGAAAGGGCUUGCAGUACCCCAGUUCACUUAGAAUCCAUGAGAGGACCCACACUGGAGAGAAGCCGUAUCAGUGUGAGCAGUGUGGCAAGGCCUUCAGUUGUUUGGGCUCAGUUCGAAGGCAUCAGAGGACGCACACUGGUGAGAAGCCCUAUGAGUGUAAGGAGUGUGGGAAAGUGUUCAGCUCGCUCUCGGGUCUUCAAGGACACACGAUAAGGCACACCGGAGGCGGCCCUUACAAAUGUAAGGAAUGUGGGAAAGUCUUCAACUCUCCCAGUGCGCUCAGAAAACAUGAAAGAACUCACACUGGAGAGAAACCUUUCUCAUGUAAAUAUUGUGGCAAAGCCUUCAUUUGUUCAACUUCAGUUCGGAAACACGAAAGGACGCACACUGGAGAGAAGCCCUAUGAAUGCAAGCGGUGUGGGAAAGCCUUCAUCUCCCACUCGGGCCUUCAAGGACACAUGAUAAGGCACACUGGAGAGGGACCUUACAAAUGUAAAUUUUGCGGGAAGGCCUUUGGCUCUCCCAGUGCCGUUCUAAGGCACGAAAGCGCUCAUGUUGUGUAGAAUUCCUGAGACUAAAGAGUGGGAGAGCCUUCAUUUCUCUUUCAGGCAUGUGAGGUCACAUGAUCAUGGCACACUGGAGACUGACCCCAUAAACGUAAGGUAUCUGAGAAAACGUUUCACUAUGCUAGUUCAAGAACAGAAAAGAGGGCUGUAGUUGUGGUUCAUGUGGGAGACUGCCUGCCUAGAAAGCUAAGGCCCUGAGUUCAAAUGCCUUAGCUUUUAAACAUACCAAGAACAGAAAAUAACAUACCAAGAACAGAAAAUAACUCAUACUGGAAAGAAACUAUAUGAAUGUAAGGAAUGUGGAAAAGCCUUCAAAAUUUAUUUGGAAUGCAUUAAAGGGCUCACAAUGGAGAACCCUAUAAAUAAAAAAUAAAUUGAAACCUUCAGUUUUCCUAGCUCCUUUUGAAAAUGUGAAAGAACUCAUUGACAAACUACCUUAUGAAGUUAAAAAAGAAGUACGAUAAAGCCUCUAGUCCACUUACUUUCCUGUACAUGUAAGAGCUCACACUGAUCCGGGUGUGGUGAUGCACCCCUGUAAUUCCAGCACUUGGUUAGUGGAAGCAGGAGGAUCUUGAGUUUGAGACCAGCCUGGGCUUCUUAUACGCUGUCUCAAAACAAAACAAAAAAAGAAACAAAGAAAAAUGGUAACCUCAUGAAUAUAAGGAAUUUGGGACAACAUUCAGAUUUCUUAUUUCUCUUUACAUUUGUGAAAGAACUCUUACUAAAGAGAGAGCCUGAGUAAGAAAUGUAGAGAAAACUUUCUUUUAUCACACAAAUUUUCGAGCACAUAAGCAAAUGCACAAUGGCGAGAUAACU